GCUGUCGCGAGCUCUACAGCUGUACCCGGGUAGCGUUUUUCGAUGGAGCGAGACGGUAGCGAGACCGAGGACCCUUGGGCGGCGGCCGCUGCCGCGGCGCAUGCGAUGGCGAUGGCUGCGCAGACGCUUGCGAGGGCAGGCCUGGAAAUUUGCGUUGCGACUGCUCGAAUCGCACUCCUAUGCGCAGGCGAGAUGCUCACCGCGGCGUGGGUCUGGGCCGCGACGAUGGCUCAGAGAGCCCAGAGGGAGGCCUCACAGAUGAGCGAGGCUGGGGCGGCGGCGCUCGCUGAGAGGGUGAGCGAAAUCGCCUCGCAUCCAGACGCUGUGCCCUGUUCGGGGAUGUUCGCCGCAACUUUCCUCACACUCUGCUUUUGCCGCGCCGUCUCGGUCACUGCAGUGCCCCACAUUCUCCUUGCGGCGGUCGCGGCGGCAAUCGCAGUCCCGAGCACGGCCGCCGUCGCCGUCGACAUCGCGGCGAGGGCGAGCGAUCUCGUGUCGACCGCGCUGCGCCACCCGCAGCUGGAAGCGGCGGCUGCGUCUGUCGCCGAGGCGUUGCAGCACCCGCACGCGGAGAGGGCGACCGCCAUGCUCGGCGCUGCCCACAACUCGUCAGCCGCCCUCGCCGCCCGCGCCUACGCGGCUGCGCUGUCCCACCCGCACCUGCAGCCUCUCCUCGAGGCUGCCAUCGCCCACCCGCACGUGGCCGCGACGCGCAACCACGCACACUGGGGAAGGCUGGCCGGCUGGCUCGGGCCUCUCUGCCUCGGCGCGAUGCUCCUCGGACUCCUCCGCUGCACAGUCUGCAGCAGCUGCCGCCGCAGAGGCGGAACGGAGAGCGCAGCGCCGGCCUGCUCCGCCGCUGCCACCGCCGCCGCGGCCGAAGCCAAGGCGGCCAAGCGCGAGAGGCAGCGGGCAAAGAGGGAGGCGGCGGCGAAGCUCGCAGCCAAGCGCAAGAAGCGCGGCGGCGUCGUCACCGGCGAGGGCGAGCUGCGCCUUGAGGACGAGCCUGCCUCGUCUCGCAUCCGUCUGGCCUCGGGUCCGGAGGCGGCGAGGCCGAAGAAGAGGCCUACGCCGCCGCCGCUCUCCCACCCGCGGCUGCUCUGCACGCUCAAGGGCUUCAGCGAGGGCGUCACCGGCGCGGCGCUCUCGCAGGACGGCGCUCUCGCGGCCGCCGUCUCGUCGGACCGUACGCUGCGCGUCUUCAGCGGCCUGCGGCAGGCGGGCUCAGGCGAUCCGCAGCGCGCUCCGCUGCCGACGCCGCUCAUCGCCAACGUCCACCUGGACUUUGGCACGGCAUGCUCCAUCUCUGCCAGCGGGCGCAACGUCCUCGUCGCGACGGCCGCCGGCCGCCGCCUCCUCGCCUACUCGCUCUCGCCCAAGCUGCAGCUGCGUCGGGAGUUCGACGCGGCGGCGGUGCACCCCGCGCCGCUGAGCGCCGCGAUUUUGGCGCCAAACUCGCAGUACAUAGUGACGGUCGGCUCCGAGGGCGACCGCAGCGUCUGCCUCUGGUCGCUCUCGGGCUCGCUGGUCGCGCGCGAGACGGCCAAGCAGGCGGCCGUCUUGGGCGCGCAGGUCUUUUGCGUGGGUGGGCAUUCGCGCGGCGUGACGGCGGCGAGCUUCGCGCAGGACUGCGUCCACCUCGCCGUCGCCGCCCGCGACGCCGAGUGGUCUGUCGUGCGCACCGACUUGCGGCACGCCGAGCCGGCGGAGGUCGGGCGCGGCAAGGCGCCGCACGGAACACCCUUCGAGCGGGUCGCCCUCUCGCCCUUUGCGAAGCGGCUCGUGGGCGCCACCGCGACGGGCACCUCCAUCGUUGACGUCGGCCGCGGGGUCACUCUCGAGACGAUCCCGCACGGCCACGGCCCCUCCCCGCCGACGGCGCUGCAGUACUCGAACGACGCGCUGCGCGUGCUGAGCGCCGGCGUUGACGGGAAGCUGCGCCUCUGGCGGGUCGAGGACGACGACGCCAAGGCGGGCGCGCUGUAG